UUCUUGUCUCGCGGCAAAUGAUUUAGUUCUAUCUGUUUAUCUUUACAGGUUUCUCUCUCACACACACCACUCCCUCUCUCUCUCUCUCUCUCUCUCUCAACUCGCUUUGCUUCUUUUUAUUUUUUUGCUAGCUUCGCUCUUGCAACAGUGACGAGACUGUAAAAAUGGAGAGGAAGCAGGGGUUCUUUUCAGUUGUUAGAGGACUAUCACCGGGGAGGUCACGAGCGAAGAGUCCGGCGAGGAGUGCAUCACCGAUGUCUAGUUUGUUAAGGAGGAGAAAAGGACAUGGACAGCACGUGGCAAAGCCAGAGCCCUUGAUCAUUCCUAGAUCAGGGAGCUUGAGGCCAGCGGAAGCUUUAUCACCGUUGAAAGAGGGACCAGAUCAAGAUGACGGUGGAGAUUCAAGGAUGGAAGGUAAGUGGGGCCAGUGGAUGAAAGGACAACUUUCAAGAGGAGGACCGUCUUCAGUCGUAUCUUCCUCAUCAAAUGCUUGUAAUAACACUAGUAAACGGUCCGAUCUGAGGUUAUUGCUUGGUGUCUUGGGUGCCCCGCUUGCUCCGGUUCACGUUAGCACUGCUGAGCCAUUGCCUCACCUUAGUAUAAAAGAUACUCCCAUUGAAACUUCAUCUGCACAGUACAUAUUACAGCAGUAUACAGCAGCAUCAGGAGGGCAAAGGCUUCAGAAUUCCAUUCACAAUGCGUAUGCUAUGGGGAAGGUGAGGAUGAUAGCUUCAGAAUUUGAGACGGCUAACAAGGUCACUAGAAAUAGGAACUCUUCCAAAGCUGCGGAGUCUGGUGGGUUUGUCUUGUGGCAAAUGAAUCCAGAUAUGUGGUAUGUUGAGCUUGCGCUUGGUGGAAGCAAGGUUCAUGCUGGCUGCAAUGGGAAGCUUGUGUGGAGGCAUACACCUUGGCUUGGUGCACAUGCUGCUAAAGGUCCUGUUAGACCCUUGCGCCGUGCACUUCAGGGCCUUGAUCCAAGAACAACUGCAAGCAUGUUUACUAAUGCAAGAUGCAUUGGGGAGAAGAAGAUCAAUGGAGAUGAUUGCUUUAUCCUCAAGAUAUGUGCAGAUCCUGCAACUCUCAAGGCUAGGAGUGAAGGGCCAGCAGAGAUCAUAAGGCAUGUUUUGUUUGGCUACUUCAGCCAGAAAACAGGACUCCUUGUUCAUUUAGAAGACUCUCAUUUGACCCGCAUCCAGAACAAUGGAGGUGACGCCGUUUACUGGGAGACCACAAUCAAUUCUUUCCUUGAUGAUUACAGGCUAGUGGAUGGUAUCAUGAUUGCUCAUUCUGGGCGUUCAGUAGUAACCCUUUUCCGGUUUGGAGAUACGGCAAUGAGCCACACUAGGACCCGAAUGGAAGAAGCAUGGGCAAUUGAAGAAGUGGCAUUCAAUGUCCCUGGCCUGUCCAUGGACUGUUUUAUUCCUCCUGCUGAAUUAAGGUUUGCUUCUAUUAGUGAAACCUGUGAGCUUCCUCGCAGUCAGAGGGUAAAGCCUGCUGCGACUGCUUCAGCCCAUCGUGCUAAAGUUGCUGCACUAGAGAGAUCUCACGAAAAUGCUACUAACAAUAUGAUGUGGAAAACAGAUGUUUAGAGGGAAGGGGCGGGAAAGGGCUUGUGGUAUCUUAUCAUCACACUGCUAGAUUAGGCGUCUAGUUUUACUCUUACCAGCCAAUUAGAAGGUGAACGGUAAAGGUAGGAACUUAUUAGUGGUUUUGUGAAGUAUUGGCAUUGAAUCAAUGUCCCUUUGAAUUUGUAAAUAGAGAAUAGUCAUUUACAUA